UUGGCAGCACUGUUACACGUGCGCAGAAGCUUCGGUCAUUCACAGUUGUUGAGGUUAAAAGUAUCAUUCGAAACAUCAUAAAGCAAAUCCGCCAAACGUAAAAUAUGGUGUGAGUGAUCGAGGAAAAUACUAAAUGACGUGGUACUCUGGUAAUACGUGCCUACGUAGAAAACUUUUGCAAUCCUUAACGAAUACUCGAGAAAUGUCGAAACAAGGUUCAAAGAAAGCUGGGAAGACUCAAAAAGCACCCGUCAUUGAGGAACCUAAGGGACCCGUGGGUACGGAUAAAAGCGGGAAUGUUACUAUAAAAAUACAGGCAAAACCUGGGGCAAAACAUAAUAAUAUAACAGAUAUUUCUGAAGAUGCUGUUGGCGUUGCAAUUUCCGCGCCUCCUGUUGAGGGUGAAGCAAACACGGAACUCGUGAAAUAUUUAGCUUCCGUUUUGGGAAUGAGAAAGUCCGAUGUGUCUUUAGAUAGAGGUUCCAAAAGUCGACAGAAGGUUGUUGUAGUAUCUGGAACCACUGUGGAGAAAGUUUUGGAGAAAUUGAAGGGAGAAAUGGGGACUUGAAAAUAAUUUCAUACAUUUUAUACUUUCUCUUUUCGAGAAAUUAUAUUUAUGGUACAUGAAUAUGGCAAUUUUACCCGUUCAACGUGUAAUUUUAUACAUUUAUUGCAUUGUAAAAAUAAUUUGUUAAUGACAUUAAGUUAU